UUUCCAAUCGCUCUCGCGGUACUUUGAUGUCAUAGGUCGAUCAGUCUGCGCAGCACUGUAUGCAGUCGAGCCCUAAUGACAACAACAUGGCGGGUAAUUCAAAGGAGCAGCAGCUGUCUCUGAAAGUUUAUAACACCCUUCAGGGUCUGGGAUGUCCUCUGGUGGAUGGGCUGUACCUGAGGGAGGCUAACAGCAUGCAGGAUCUUCUGUGUACACAUUCAUUACAUCGCACUGAUAUAUUGAAAUGGAUUUACGUAAGCAUUUGUCCAUCUCUAACGGAGAAGUUUUCGUCAAUUAAAUCAACUCAAGAAUUAAUUCAAGAAUUCACACGGUUUGGGCAUGAAAUGAUGCUAUGUAAAGCUAAUGAUCAAGAUUUAAUAAAGGGCCUUGCACCACCUUUACGACAGCUUGUGUUUCUGGAACAGCUUCUCAUGGUUAUUCAAGCUGACUCUUCUAUGUCCUCUGGGCACAGGCAGAACUUAUCAUCUGGAGAUGAACAUGUGAAGAAUGAAGAUCUUCUUGGGCUGCUGAUGUCUCAGGAUCACUCAUCUGACCUAGACCUGGUCCUGAACCCAACCUGCAAUCCUUGGUCCGCACACAUCCGAGAACAUCUGAUACGAGCACAUUCGGCGCAAAACAAGACGAACGGAAACCGAACUGAUUCUUCACAUUCUCGCAUUAGAAGUCACGGAGAAGAAGAAGACCUGACUGAAGCCUUGGCACUUCUGCAGUCUACGCAGAGCACAUUAGAAGAGCUCCAAAAAGAGUGUGAGUUCCUGCAGUCGCAUCCCUCAGGUUCUGCAGCUGCGCUGUCUCCCUGUGCAUUGAAAGUGGCCAUAUCUGAUAUGUCUCAGUUCAUGACUGCCUUCAGCCACAUCUACAACACUGACUUUAAAGGUUACUGUCAGAAAGCCCCUCCUGCUCUCAGUUCAAGCACACAUGUGUUCCAGUCUGUACAUCAGCUCCUUCACACCUGUAAUAUGGAGCUUGCGGCUCUUAAGCAGCUGUCUGAAACUUCAUUGUCACUUACACAAACAGUGAAAGAGCUACAGACAGAAAAGCGGUACUGGUCUAGAGGAGAAAAGCACACACUGCCCAACCAGUUGGAGGAGCUGAAGAACAAAUAUGUGACUUUUCUCUCACUUCACCAAUCAUAACUCAAGAGUUGUCUGUAUGCUUAUCUUAUUGUUUUAGCACAAAGAUUUGUGUGGCAAAGCAGAAAUGAGCUGGCAAAAUAAGAGUUUGUAGGCCUUACCAGGACUGUUUUAAUGUAAUGCUUUGUAUUUUUACAGCUGCUCUGAUAUGUACAAAAUAAGGAAGUAUUAACUGUCAUCUGACCUAAAAUGUGUUUUGUUAUUCAUCAGUAGACAUAUACUGAUGAUGCAUUAUUUGUCAUUUUUAUUCCCUUUAUACAACACAAUUGUAAUAGCUCUAAUAAACAAUCAUCAUUUUCUCUA